CGAAGCAGCGAGAGAAAAUUCACAGUGCAGGAGCGUGACCACACACCCGUCUCGCGCUCACUUUUCUCUAGCCGCAGGGCCCGGCGAGGAAGCUAGCUAGCUAGCUCGCUCGCCCGUCCGUCACGUGUAGCAGCAGCCGAUCAGCUCCAGAGAUCUCGCCGCAAUGCCGAGGGAAAGCGGGAUUUUGGUGCCGAUCCCUUGGAGCGUGGCGUGGUGACCACGAACGGAGAGCCUACGUACGCCUCUGCCGCAGCCCACGCGUCUGCGGCACCGCUGUUGCCUUUGCCUGCCUGCGCUCGCUGCGGCGCUUCGAGCACAUCGCCCGGGCACGGAGUCCACACACGGAGUUGGCGCCUGCCGCGUCCCACUCCGCGCGGUGCCCGCCACCACUAUUUUACACCGUCUCGUGCAUGUCCUAGCUUUCCUCCCCCCUCCACGUCUCGCUAGAAACGCACGCACACGCGUAUAGUAGCAGUGUAGCACCAACGGGCAGUCGGGCACUAGCUAGCUCCUUCGAGUCCGAUCGAUCGGAUCGGCAUGACGCUGGAUGCCCUGUGCGCGGCCGGCGACGUCCUCGUCUACGACACCUUCAACGCGGCGGCGGCCGUGAGUGCCGCGCCGGCCGAGAGCAGCCUCCUCUUCUGCGACGUCGCCGGAGCGGCAUGGAUGGCGGGGUCUGCUGCCGCUGAGGCGCCGGCUGUGACCAUAGUGCCGGUGGAAGAAGGGGAGAAGGCGCAGGGGAGGAGGAAGCGGCGGCGGCGGGCGAGGAGCUGCAAGAAUCGCGAGGACGCCGAGAGCCAGCGGAUGACCCACAUUGCCGUCGAGCGCAACCGCCGCCGCCAGAUGAACGAGUACCUCGCCGUGCUCCGCUCCCUCAUGCCGGAGUCCUACGCCCACCGGGGCGACCAAGCAUCCAUUGUCGGCGGCGCCAUCGAUUUCGUCAAGGAGCUCGAGCAGCUGCUGCAGUCCCUGGAGGCGCAGAAGCGCACGCUCCUCGCCCAGCCGCAGCAGGAGCACAAGCCGCUGCCCAUCCGUGACGCGAUGCCAUCGUCGAGCAAAACGGUCACGGCCGCGGCGACAACUACGACGAGCAGCGGCAGCGGCGAGGGCAAGCAGGCGUCGGCGAUGCGCGAGGGGAUGGGUCCGCCGUUCGCGGGGUUCUUCACGUACCCACAGUACGUGUGUCGCCUCCCGCCGCGGGACGACGCCGACGACCGCGCCGGGGCGGCGGACAUCGAGGUGACGCUGGUGGAGACGCACGCCAACGUCCGGGUGAUGGCGCCGCGGCGGCCGGGGCAGCUGCUCAGGAUGGUCGCCGGGAUGGAGGCGCUCAGGCUCACCGUGCUGCACCUCAACGUCACCACGCUCGGCUCGCUCGCGCUCUACUCCCUCAGCGUCAAGGUGGAGGAAGGGUGCGGGCCGACGACGGCGGACGACAUCGCCGCGGCGGUGCACCAUGUGCUCUGCCUCGUCGACGCCGAGGCGACGUCGCAGCGGCUGCUCGCCGGUGGGCAGCAGGAGAUUUUAAGUUAGCUAGGUGGACCGGGGCAACGCCGGCAAGCUUGCCGUCUGAGGCAGGGGUAGUAAUUUGUAAAGUGUAGUGGACCUCUACGAGGCUUUGGAGCAUGGUUAAUAAGAGCAUGUGCAGCCGGACUUUGCAAA